AUGCUUAUGAUCAUUUUUAAGAAAUUGGAGAAUAUCGAUGUACUCUAUUCUUUAUGGGGCAUCAACACACGAUUCGAUAAAAUUUUAUAUGACUCAAUCUUUACUAGUUCUUUGACAUUACUGCAAUGUCUACCAAAUUGUUUUAUCUGUCCAUUACCUGAUACAGUACUUGAUCGAUUUUGUUUACAAAUCUUAUCUCAAAUUCGUCUUAAAAUCAAAUGGCUUGAUAUUGAAUCAUCAUCGAUGGAACGAAUUCUUCUUGCUGGCGAAUAUUCUAAUUUAUGUGGUCUCGGUAUAUACAACAUUACCGAGGAUGUAGCUAUCCGUCUUUUUAUUGGUAAGAAAGUCAACUUUAAUUGGUUUUAUCUUUAA